AUGUUCUCUCGAAGCGUCGUGUCCGCGAGCAGACAACGCACAAAAGCGUGUGUCCAUGCCCCGUCACGCGCACUAGCGUCGGUCGCGGAGGCCUCUUCGUCCACCCAGGCUGGCAAGCCGUCGACCGAACCUGUCAUUAACGCUGCGGUCGUCCUCAACCGUUCGCCCAUAAUCACGCGCACACCCACCCCCUUCGAGCGGGCAUACUACGCCUACCAGUCGCGUAUCCGUCGCGCGUUGUUCAACCCCUUCCCCGCCGAUUUUUACUUCAAAUCGGGCACGCUGCUCGAAAAGCAGUUCGAGCGACGAGAGAAGAUCCGUGAACGCGAGGCAUUUGGUGGGAAAUGGUCGUUCAAGGACGGGAGGAGGUCAAGCAAUGUGGACGAGUUCGGCGAACUUCCAGUGGGGGCGGAGUCGGCUGAGCUGGGUGAAGAGGUCCUGACGCCUCCUGCCCCACGGGUACAUGAGUCGGACAGGACUGGUGACGUGAAGAGCCUGGAUCGGAUGGGUGAGCGGAAUCUUUAUCUGCUCGUCCAGGGGAAGGACCGUGCAGGCAAGUCGAUGUGGAGGUUUCCCGAGGGCAGUCUGGAGAAGGGCGAGCUGCUGCAUCAGGCUGCGGUGCGAGACCUCUACGCGGAGUGCGGUGAGAACAUGGAUGCAUGGAUGGUGGGCAGGAAGCCUAUUGCCAUGCAUCAGCCAUCGGGCUCUGAAAACGAGCGUCGUCAUUCAAUUCGUCCGCAGGCCUACACGUUCUUCCUUAAGGGCCACAUUCUUGCUGGCCAGGUCCGCCCCGGGAAGACUGUCUCCGACUUUGCAUGGCUAACGAAGGAGGAGAUUGAGUCUCGUGUGGACAAGGCUUACUGGGCGAGCGUGAAGGAUAUUCUAGCUGAUUUCUAA